AUGGAUAAAUGCGGAUUAAGGAGAUUUUUCAUAACCCUCCUCCUGCUUGACAUUGGAAGAAGCGCAACUGUUCGAGGCGAACCUGGGGCAGGAAAAGUUGUCUGGGAAAAAUGGAGCCACGAUUACAUAAAGAACAGCAAACGUUUUCUCUCUGACACCUUUCCGAAAGACUUCAUGUGGGGCGUGGGGAGCUCCGCGUUUCAGAUUGAAGGAGCUUGGGAAAAGGAUGGGAAAGGGCCUUCUGUCUGGGAUCACUUCACCCACAAAGAAUUCUCCAGAUUCUACAACACAACCGCGGAUAUCUCCAGUAACAGCUAUAACUUCUUUGACAAGGACUUGGCCGCUCUUGAAUUCCUGGGUGUUUCUCAUUACCUCUUCUCCAUCUCGUGGCCCCGAUUAUUCCCGAACGGAAAGGUGGAAUCAGUCAACAGCAAGGGUCUGCAGUACUACAAUACACUCAUCGACUCCCUGAUAGAGAGAAACAUUAUUCCUAUCGUCACGCUUUACCACUGGGACCUGCCUUUCGCACUGCAAGAGCAAUACGGAGGCUGGACGAACGAGACUUUGGUUGGCAUCUUUAAUGAAUAUGCGAAAUUCUGCUUUCAGGCAUUCGGGAAUCGCGUUAAAUAUUGGAUCACAAUCCACAAUCCUUUCCUAAUUGCCUGGCAUGGGUACAGAACUGGAAGCUACCCUCCAGGAGAGAAGGGAAAUCUUGCAGCUAUGUAUACUGUGGGGCACAACAUGAUUAAGGCACAUGCAAAUGCCUGGCACUCUUAUGAGACGGAAUUUCGCAAAUCACAGAAAGGUUUUGUGUCGAUCGUUCUGGGCUCUCAUUGGAUUAAACCAAAGAGUGAAAACUAUAACUACAAAAAUUUCCAGCAGUCUAUGGACAUAAUGCUUGGGUGGUUUGCCAAACCAAUCUUUGUAGACGGUGACUAUCCUGAGAGCUUGAAAACACAAACUAAUCCUUCUCUACCUAAGUUCACUGAAAAAGAAAAGUGCCUCAUCAAUGGAACUGCGGAUUUCUUUGCAUUCUCCUUUGGGCCAAAUAACUUUCGAUUCCUGGAGGGCGCUCUCAAACAUGGAGUUCAUUUAUCACUACACCUUGGACAAGUCUUGAACUGGAUAAAAAUGGAAUACAACAACCCCAGGAUUCUUAUUGCAGAGAAUGGGUGGUUUUCUGAUAAUAGUGUUAAAACAGAAGACACGGUUGCAAUUUACCUUAUGAAAAAGUUCAUAAAGGAGCUAUUAAAAGCUAUCCGCUUUGAUGGAGUCAACGUGUUUGGAUAUACCGCCUGGUCCCUGCUGGACGGCUUUGAAUGGCAGCUUGGCUACACCGUAGCACGGGGGUUGUUCUACGUGGAUUUCAGCAGCAAAAACAAAUCCAGGACUGCGAAAUCUUCCGCUCAGUUCUACAAACAAAUUAUAGAACAGAAUGGAUUCCCAGUGAACGAGGUUAGCCGCAGCGUAAAUGGACAGUUCCCGUGUGACUUCUCCUGGGGAAUUGCGGACACGGCGCUGCCUGUGAACAAAGCGAGCUUAUCUCUCGAGUUUGUUGAUCACAACCUUUAUAUUUGGAACUGCAGUGGAGAUCAGAAGCUUUAUAAAGUCGCUGGAGUGACCAUGUGGCCCCGUCCAUUUAAAUGCACCGACUUCAGCAACUUCAAACGGCACGUGGCGCUGGUGAGAAGGAUGAAUGUGACUCAUUACAGUUUCGCCUUCAAGUGGUCCCAGAUAUUACCUCGCGGUGACUUGUCCAAUGUCAACAGGAGCAUUCUGAGUUACUACCAUUGUAUCAUUAGCGAGCUCUUAAAGCUGAACAUUGCAUGCACCGUCACAUUGUACCAUCCGACCUACCGUGAUAUUGAUAUACCUGAGCCGCUGCUGAGUGAGGGAGGGUGGCUGAAUAAACGGACAGCCCUGGCUUUCAACGAUUAUGCAAAGUUAUGCUUUCAAGAAUUCGGUGAUUUGGUUAAAGUGUGGCUCACAAUGAAUGAACCGAAUAUAAACGUUCAGAGAAGCCAGGAUACUUACAAGGCAGCUCACAACAUGCUCAUCGCUCAUGCCCUGGCCUGGAACACGUACAACAGCGACUACAAGGAUAAGUAUGGCGGCCUCGUGUCUCUGACACUGCGUGCUGACUGGACGGAGCCAGCAAACCCUUUCCUUGAAUCGCACCGACAAGCUGCCGAGAGACUCCUGCAAUUCCAGAUAGCCUGGUUUGCAGAUCCCAUUUUUAAAACUGGCGACUACCCACUUACAAUGAGAAAUUAUAUCCUCGCAAAAAAUAGAAAAAAUCUCACGCAGUCACGUUUGCCACGUUUCACCGACGAAGAAAAGCAGAUGAUUAGGGGAAGUGCAGAUUUUUUUGCUAUGAGCCAUUUUACCACAAGGUUGGUAUUACACAAGCAGAACAUUGGCACCAGGCAUGAAAUGGAUCACGACGGGAGUUUAUUGAGAGAUGUAACUUUGCCGACGUUCCCAGCCCCUUUCCAUUCGACGUUUCCUUUCCUCUCCCGCCGCCAAAAUCAUUGCGAGAUGGCGGUCUCACCGUCGGGGAUACGUAAGGUUUUGAAAUGGAUCAAAUCUCACUAUGGAAAUUUGGACAUUUUUAUCACGGCAAACGGAGUUUGGGACAACGCCGCCGUCAGUGAUGACCUUCUAAUAUAUUAUCAUAAGCAUUAUAUUAAUGAAGUAUUGAAAGCGCAUCUACUUGACCAAGUUAAUGUCAAAGGAUACUUUGCCCUGAAAUUAAAGGAUAAAAUUUCAAGUAAGCAUCCCUCGAGCUCCCUCAAUGCUUCUGAACCAAAGACUUCAUCAGAAUUUUACCACAAACUCAUCGGUGCCAAUGGCUUUCCUUUGGAAGCGGCUAGCAAACAGUGCGCCACUGAGCAUGACGGGUCGGUGCAAUGCCCCAUUUGUACGUUUAUACGAGAGAAAAAAGUAUUUAUAUUUUUAGGAUUCUGUUUCCUGCUUAUUACUGUGCUGUUUACUGCGAUUAUAAUCGUACACAGGAGAAAAUAA